AUCUUCCAUUUGAAAAAAAACGACAUGAAAUCUUUUAAAAAAAUGGAAAUGACCGUUAAGCGUCUAAAAAUUUUCUAUUCAAAACUACUUCACUCUACAUAUCAAGAUUUCUUCAAAGAAGAAGCUGAUAUACAUUUCUAUUCAUGGCGAACGACAGCCUGUUCACAGACGAAGAAAUGUCAAUGAACCAAGCACUCGGGUACCCGGAAGCCUAUGCUAAGAUCUGCGGAGACCCGAGUUUCAGGUCCUUCAGCCAUGGCCCUCCUUUUACUUUCACUCCAUAUUCUCUGUCAAACCAAGAGGAUUCUAGAGCAAAGGAAUUAGAUGACAUGUUCCCAAUCAUUGAUCACAAAGCAAAACCCACAACAAAACCCAAGAUUUUUAUCAGUCUUCUGUGGAAAAAGCUCAAUCAUCUUGGGAAUGCUGGUUUUGAUCCAGAAAUAUUUCGAGUAGAUCCAUAUGGAAAUGUUCUAUUCUAUCAUGCAGAUUCAGCAUCGCCUCUUGGAUGGGAUAUUGACCACUGGUUCCCUUGCUCAAGAGGGGGUUUGACUGUUCCAAGCAAUUUAAGAAUAUUGCAAUGGCAGGUGUACAAGAAGAAGCAUAACAAACUGGAAUUUCUUAUACCAUGGUGGGAUUUCCAAGUGGGCAUUUCAAUUAAUCAGUUCAUGUCGAUCUUUGCUUCUCCAAAUUCAGAUUUCAGGCACAGGGCAUUUUCAUGGUUAUUUUCUGAAGGUGAAAGUGAAGAACUGAAUGCUUCACAAACAGUUGAUUCACAUGCUUUCCCUCAACAUUUCGUGGAAUCGAAAGAAAAACUAGGUUUGGCUCCGGCUGCUGUUGUACUAUCUCGCAGGGGAUCUUUCGAUGCUCCAUUGAAAUCAACUGAUUUAAGUAGAAGACCACGAUCAAGUACCCCAGUCAUAGCUGCAAGGAAAUUGAAACCUCUUUUGAAAGAAAAUGAAGAUCCGAAUAUGGUGAGCAACCCGUAUCAGUCCAUUGUUAUGGCUAGAGAUUCAUUGAAACAGAGAGAAGAAACAAUAAAGAUGCAUGCAGAAAUAAGGAAAUUAGAUAAUGAAGUCCUCGAAUUGCAGCAGAAGACUUACGAGGAGAAAGCUAGCAUCCAAGACCUGGAGUUAGUGCUUAUAAAGAGAAGACGACGGGCUGAAAAGUGUCGACGGCUAGCUGAGGCACAAACUUCCUACAGGGCAAUGUUAGAGAAGAUGAUUCGAGAUGCCAUGCACCAGAGCGUUGUCUAUAAAGAACAAGUGAGGCUGAAUCAAGCAGCAACUAGUGCUCUUUUGGCUAGACUUGAAGCCCAGAAAGCAAUUUGCGAUUCAGCAGAAAGAGAACUACACAGGAAAUAUAAACAGAGAGACGAGCUAGAGAAGCAGAUAAGACCAGAAUGGGAACAGGCAAGGAAGAGAUCGAGAAUGGAUGAUGGGCUUGUUUCGUAUUCGCCAGAAAACAAGGAAAAAGUGCUACAACAAAUUGAGAUGAACGAUACUUCACUGGCCCCUUCGCACGAGGAACAGUGGAAGUUCUUGGAAGAAGAACAAAAAGCUUUGGAUGUAAGUUUACUAAUGAUUAAAGAACGAGAAGAACAACUCGACAAGGGAUGCAAUGAAAUCGGUGACAAAAUUAGCAUAAAGAAGCAUAAGAAAGGUAAAAAAACCAUGGUUGUGACAGAAGAAUGUAAUCCAGUUGAAAAAAGGCUUGAAAAGUUGGAUAGAAGU